AAAAAAAACAGUCAAAAGGAGAGAACAAAGAAAAAGCACACAAAUCACAAGAGAGAGAGAGAGAUCUUCCUUCUAAGGUUUCGGUUUCUCCGCAGAAAAAGCAAAAAUGGCGUUGGAGUGGGUAGUUCUUGGGUACGCCGCGGGCGCAGAGGCGAUCAUGGUCCUUCUCCUGACGAUCCCCGGCCUCAGCAGCCUCCGCAAGGGCCUCGUCGCCGUCACCAAGAACCUCCUGAAGCCGUUCCUCUCCAUCGUCCCGUUCUGCAUCUUCCUGUUGAUGGACAUCUACUGGAAGUACGAGACCCGGCCGAGCUGCGAGGCCGAGUCGUGCACGCCGUCGGAGCACCUCCGCCACCAGAAGUCCAUCAUGAAGAGCCAGCGCAACGCCCUCCUCAUCGCCGCCGCCUUGAUUUUCUACUGGCUCCUCUACUCCGUCACGCACCUCGUCAUCAGGAUCGAGCAGCUCAACCAGCGCGUCGAACGCCUCAAGAAUCGCGACUGAGUGUUAGGGUUUGUGAUUUGAUAUUUUCCAAUCGAAUUGACCUUUUCUUUCUGUGGUACUACUGUGUUAGGUUUUGUUGUUUGGUUGCGUUCCAAUCGGAUGUUUUCUAUGGAGUACUCGAAAAUUUUUUAUUGUAUCUGCUUAAUUUCAGUCGAAGUUAAUGGAGGAUUUUCUUCGAAAAUGUGUUUCUGAUAGAUGAAAAGGUUAUAUCAAUAAAACACGCGUUUCGAUCUA